UCACGUGAGUCCACAGUAACGUGACUCCGUCUGAAACGGGAAAUGGGAAAAGAAAAACCACAAGUUGUCUGAAAGCUCUCUACAACGAGUCCACUUUGUYACGGAACCGGGUCGGGCCGCCGAAAACAGAACCUGUGGGAGUUAAAGAAGGUGCAGGCGGGUGGUCAUGGGGUCCUUGUUUCGAAGCGAGGAGGUCUGUCUGGUGCAGCUCUUCCUCCAGUCCGGCUCGGCCUACAACUGUGUCAGUGAGCUGGGAGAGCUGGGCCUGGUGGAGUUCAGAGACUUAAAUCCCAACGUGAACGCMUUCCAGAGGAAGUUUGUCGGYGAGGUCAGACGAUGCGAGGAGCUGGAGAAGACUUUCACCUUCCUGGAGCAGGAGAUCAAUCGCUCCUUAUCUCCGCCGCUGCGGGGGCCCCUCCCUCCUCCGACCCCGGUGCCUCCGGCCCCGCAGCAACGGGAACUCAUCACCAUAGAGGAGGAAAGCGAGCGGCUGGCGAGAGAGCUGCGAGAGGUGUCCAGGAACAGAGACAGCCUUCGAGCUCAGCUCAAUCAGCUCCAUCAGUACAGAGGAGUUCUUACCAGAACACACUCGCUCACAGCCAUGCAGGCACCUCCACCUGCUCUGGAAGGCCACGGCCUGUUUGACAACCGUCAGGACAUCCGCCUCAGUUUUGUGGCAGGAGUGGUCCAUCCUUGGAAGGUCCCGUCGUUUGAACGGUUGCUGUGGCGUGCGUGUCGCGGUUACAUCAUCGUGGACUUCAGAGAAAUGGGAGAACCACUUGUGCACCCAGACACGGGGGAAAUGGUGCAAUGGACCGUGUUCCUUAUUUCCUUUUGGGGAGACCAGAUUGGACAGAAGGUUAAGAAGAUUUGUGAUUGUUUCCACACACAGACAUUUGCGUACCCUGAGAGCACCGCAGAGAGAGAGGAAAUUCUGCAGGGGCUUCAGGGUCGAAUUGAAGACAUCCACUCUGUGUUGAAUCAGACCGAGGCGUUCCUGCAGCAGCUGCUGGCGCGAGCCGUGGCCUUCUUGCCUGCGUGGAAAGUGAAAGUCCAGAAGUGCAAGGCCAUCCAGAUGGUUCUGAACCUCUGCAGUCCCUCCGUGACCGACAAAUGCCUGAUCGCCGAGGCCUGGUGUCCCAGCGCCAAGCUGCCGGAGCUGCAGAGCGCCCUCAGAGAGGGAGGGAGGAAGAGCGGCAGCAGCGUUGAUUCUUUUUACAACCGCCUGCCCUCCAGCACCCCUCCGCCCACUCUGUUUCCUCUCAACUCGUUCACCACAGGUUUCCAGAGCAUCGUAGAUGCUUACGGAGUGGCCACCUACCGUGAGGUCAAUCCUGCCGUGUACACCAUAAUUACAUUCCCCUUCCUGUUUGCGGUGAUGUUCGGCGACGUGGGUCACGGUUUGCUGAUGUCUCUGGCUGCCCUCUGGAUGGUCCUCGAGCAGAAUGACCCCAAACUGAAGAACAGUACAAAUGAGAUCUGGAAGAUGAUGUUCGGAGGACGAUACGUGAUCCUCCUGAUGGGCCUAUUCUCCAUCUACACAGGGGCCAUUUACAACGAGUGCUUCAGCCGAGGCCUCAACACCUUCAACUCAUCGUGGCACGUCCAGCCCAUGUUCGACAGGAACAUAUGGAACUCCUCGGUGCUGCAGGGGAGCCCGUUUUUAACCAUGGACCCGAAUGUGACCGGCGUUUUUACCAGCCCCUAUCCGUUUGGAAUUGACCCUGUUUGGGGUUUGGCCAACAACAAACUGACCUUCUUAAACUCCUACAAGAUGAAGAUGUCCGUCAUCAUCGGGGUCAUCCACAUGACUUUUGGAGUCUGUUUGUCGUUCUUCAACUACUGGCACUUUGGAAAAACCAGCAGCAUAUUCUUCGUGCUGAUCCCAGAGCUGUUCUUCAUGCUGUGUCUCUUCGGCUACCUCGUGUUCAUGGUGGUCUUCAAAUGGAUCGUUUACACCCCUGAUAAGUCCAAAAUGGCCCCCAGCAUACUCAUCCACUUCAUAGACAUGUUCCUGUUCACAGCCAACCCAGAUAACCCGCCGCUGUAUACGGGUCAGCUUGUGGUGCAGAAGGUCCUGGUCGUGCUCGCUCUGUGUUCCGUCCCCGUCCUCCUGCUGGGGAAGCCGACGUGUGAAUACUUGGCUUUCAGGAAAAGGCGGCACUACGCAGAUGAAGAGAGGCGUCCGCUGGUGGCCGAGGACGGCUCCGUAAACACGAGUCAGGGCGAGGUGGAGGCUGAAAGAGAGCAGGAGUUCGACGCCGCAGACGUGUUCAUGCAUCAGGCCAUCCACACCAUUGAGUACUGCCUGGGCUGCAUCUCCAACACAGCGUCGUACCUGCGACUCUGGGCUCUCAGUUUGGCUCAUGCACAGCUCUCAGAGGUGCUGUGGGUGAUGGUCAUGCGUCUGGCCCUGAGGUGGCAGGGCUACGUUGGAUCUGCGGUGCUCGUAGUGAUUUUCUUCUUCUUCGCUUUGUUGACCGUCUCCAUCCUCCUGGUUAUGGAGGGACUCUCGGCUUUCCUGCACGCACUCCGUCUGCACUGGGUGGAGUUUCAGAACAAGUUCUACAGUGGAAUGGGUUACAAACUCAGCCCUUUCUCCUUCACGUCUCUGAUCGGCGCUCCUGCUGCUAUAUGAUUGGCCCGAGUGAUUGCCCAACGGUUGAAUUCACUUGUGUAUUUAUGUUAAUCUUAAAAAGUAUUCUUUUGCCUGUAAAUCAUGACGUGGUUCAAUUAACUUGCACAUGAUCAAUGAUGCAGACUGUUAUUUUUGCAUCAGGAAGAUGAAAACGAGUCGGUUUUGCUAAAUUAGAAUAGCUAAUUUUGUAACCCCUUUCUAAUUUUUUUUACUCUGAAUAUUGAUUUCUAAAUGCUUUUUUGGUAUAUCAAAAAGUAUUUGGUAAUUAUUUAAUUUUACUGUAAAAACACUAGAUAUAGACAGAUUAUAAAAAAGGGAACUCRCCUCCUAAUAAUGGGUCUAUUUUGGUGUUUAAGGGAAUGAGACUGUUGACUUAGUGAAUGUUAAGCUCUUCCUGUAGGGAUUGUUUAAGAAUAUAGGAACAAUUUAAAUCAUUUCUCUAAGCCAAAGACUUUCCUCUUUUUUAAUGUCUUCCAAACAUACCACACCAUAGGUAUUUAUUUGUAGUUGGAUGUUUUAUUAGUGCCUUAUUAGAAUAAUUUGUGCGUGCCACUGCUUUGUCCAGGUAUCAUGUCUUCAUUUUUUUUGACACGAUCAAAUUUGAAAUAAAAUAAAAUGUUUAAAUCUU